AUGAGAAAGUUCCAAUUGACGGGUUGGAGAUGUGCCAUUUUGCUUAUUUAUUUAGCAAGCUGGUGUAGAGAUGCGUGUGUGUACGCAGUUUUCGUACCCUGGCUAGAUGAUGAUCCUUUCCAUGAGUUGCACGAAGCUGAUAACCAAGCUGAAAGACACAACUUACCACCGGUUCUUCCGCCCGGUAAGUUGAGCGAUGAGAACAGAAGUUUGCCAGAGAGAGGUAAAGUUCCGACCUAUGUGGUAGAUUACUGUCCGCUGGUUCAUUUGUACAGCGAGGAAAGGUACUGGCCGGCUGAUAUUUCAGACUAUGUGACUCAUUUCAAACUCACCGAUCCUUGUGGCACACCGAUUAUUGACCAGCAGCACUUGACCCUGAAUGAUUUGAAAAGCCAUUAUGCCUACAAACUUCCGAAUGGCAGUUCGGUGAAGAUACCGAGUGAUCUCGUCUACAUGACGAGUUUGGACGAUUUUGACAAGGAUCCCAGGUGGCUUCUGGGAUUUUCUCCCGAGUACGGCACUGGUCACAUCAAAAAUGCUCCAGCUGUGCUCUUUGUUGCAGACAAGGGGAAUGGGUGGGUCGAUGCAUUUUGGUUUUACUUCUAUCCGUUCAAUCUAGGUGCAUUUGUAAUGGGUUAUGGCCCCUGGGGAAACCAUGUGGGCGAUUGGGAGCAUUCGCUGGUUAGAUUUUACAGGGGUGAGCCAAAGUACAUCUGGAUGAGUGCACACGGUGGCGGCGGGGCUUACAGAUACGAAGCCCUUGAAAAGGUCAAGAAAUUGCGUCGAGAAAAUGGCAAAUUGACCCCGGACAUUAUCUACAGACCGCUAAUCUUCAGUGCAAGAGGCACACAUGCCAAUUAUGCCUCAGUCGGCCAGCACUCGCACGAUGUGCCAUUCUUCUUCAUGCCAUUAAGCGACUUCACUGACCGCGGCCCCAUGUGGGAUCCCUCUCUAAACUUUUACGCCUACACGUUGGACGACCUCGAAGUAGCUCCCUGCGGAGCGAAAGAACAGUCAAUGGGCACGAGCUGGAUUCAUUACGGCGGCCGUUGGGGCGACAAACAGCUUUCCUGGAGCGACCCGCGCCAAAAAUGGUGCCCCGUGCAAUGGCGCUACAUCGACGGACCGACAGGGCCGUUGACCAAGCAUCUCGACCGCGUUUCUCUCUGCCCUGAGUUCAAAUGGUGGAAUUUCUGGAGGGGCUGCCCCGCUAGAAGACUUAUCAAGAACGGCGUAGGCUUGGAUGCUGAGAAAAACGAUCUUCUAGGAGACAACUGCGGUAUCCUACUCUACAAGAUCAGACCCAAAUGGCUACGCGCCAUCUUCCGGUUCUUUAUGUGGCGGGGUUCGAUAUGUUUUGUAGCCGACUAUUUUACAGGUUAG